GCCGCUUCGCCCGGCGUCCUCUUUGCCUUCGGAGCAUCUCGGCUCGCUCACCUUGCUCCGGCGGCGGCGGCGGUUCGAUUCCAGGCAGCAGCUCACCUGUUUUUUUUUUUUUUUUUUUGCCUCGGGUGCGGGAGGCUUCUUCUUUCUUCUUCUUCUUCUUUUUUUUUUUGUGUCUGCCAUGGCCGUCGAGAAGGAAAAGAAAACCUGCGGGCAGGUGAUGCACGAAUGGAAGGAAUUCAUCUGGAACCCCCGGACCCACCAAUUUAUGGGGCGAACCGGCAGCAGCUGGGCCCUUAUCUUGCUGUUCUACUUGGUCUUCUACGGCUUCCUGACGGCCCUCUUCACCCUCACCAUGUGGGUCCUGCUCCAGACCGUGGACCCCUUCAUCCCCAAAUAUCAGGACCGCCUCUCCGUCCCAGGCGUGAUGAUCCGUCCCAAGACAGAAGCUCUGGAAAUCGUCUACAACUUAAGCAAAACCGAAUCUUGGGAUGAUUACGCAAAAAUGCUCAAUAGUUUUUUGGAAGCCUACAACGACUCUCGGCAAGCGGCCAUGAACGAAUUCUGCCAGCCCGGCCGUUACAACGAACAACCGGACAACGGGGUGUUGAACUACCCCAAGAGAGCCUGCCAGUUCAACCGCACGAUGUUGAGGGACUGUUCGGGACUGAACGACUCGACUUACGGCUACCAGGAAGGACGGCCUUGUAUCCUGGUCAAAAUGAACCGGAUCAUCAACUUCUACGCGGGUGCCAACCAGCCCAUGAACGUCUCCUGCACGGCCAAGAAAGAGGACGACACGCAGAAGAUGGGCGAGCUCGCCAUGUUCCCCGCGGACGGGAACAUCGAUCUCAUGUACUUCCCGUAUUACGGGAAAAAAGUUCAAGUCAACUACACCCAGCCUGUGGUAGCCAUCAAAUUCCUCAACCUGACCUUCAACCACGACCACAACGUGGAGUGUAAGAUCAACGCCGUCAAUAUCGCCACCGACAACGAACGAGACAAGUUCGCCGGCCGCGUGACUUUCAAAAUCCGGGUCAACAAAGACUGAAGCUGACAAACCCACCCACCCCCCAAAAUCCCAUCCCACCCCCCACCCCAUCCCACCUCUUCCUCCUCCAUCUCCUGGACCCUCCAAAGCAGAUCCUUCCCCGGUGGCUCUUUGCAAUCCCUCCACAGAGCUUACAACGAGAACUGAGUCCAAAGUGGAGGAAAAUUGGAGGAGGAGGCGGGGAGGGGGCGGAAGGAGGAUGGAUGGAUUUUGGGGAGGGGAGGUCCCCUUUGGCCGCUGCUGCUCACCUCUGUCUCUCACUAACCUUUGCCGUUAGACAAUCCCGCCUCUCUCGUUGACCCAAGAAUGAAGGGGUUUUUUUGCUCCCACCUUAUCUUCUCAUAGCUCCCCGCACCCCGCACCCCAAAACCUGGCGAUGAUCGAUUCUAACAUCUUGCAAGGGGAAGCUCAGUGCUUUUGGCCUCUCUCUUGCAGCCCUCCCUUGUCUUCCCUUGGAGAUGUUUCCUAAUAUAAUAAUAAAAUGUAUAUAGAUAUUUUUUUAUAUAUAUAUAAAAGUAUAUAUUAAAAAUUUAAGGUACCACGGAAUCGAGAUAUUUUCCUGCUAUAAUAUGCAUGGAUCGGGGAGGAGGGGGUGAAAGAGGAUAGCCAGGUUAAAGAGUUGGCGGUCACCCCCCCCCAAAGCGUGUGGCCAUCGUGACAGGGAAGGCAAGUGGGGGUCGAUGGGGACGAUGGCCCCAUUGAUUUCAGGAGGGUUACACUUCCUGCCCAGUUUAGGUAGUAGCCCCGAUGCUUCUCAGCCUUGAAGAUGGGUGGACUUCAACUCCCAGAAUUCCCCAACCAGCUGUGCUAUCAAGGGUUAUUUUUUUCACUUUGUGCUGAAGUCAAGGUAUAUUACAUCUCCCAACCUCUAUUUAAAAAGUUAUAUGACAUCUACCGCAUUCUCUUCAUCUAUUAAAGUUAUAUGACAUCUACUGCAUUCCCUUCAUCUAUUAAAGUUAUAUGACAUCUACUGCAUUCCCUUCAUCUAUUAAAGUUAUAUGACAUCUAUUGCAUUCUCUUCAUCUAUUAAAGUUAUAUCACAUCUACCUCAUUCCCUUCAUCUAUUAAAGUUAUAUGACAUCUAUUGCAUUCCCUUCAUCUAUUAAAGUUAUAUUACACCUACAUUCCCACCAUCUACGGUGGGAAUGCAGUAGGCGUCGUAUCAGACGCAUCAAAGUUACCUAAUUGGACGGGAAAUUCCACCCAUCUUCAAGGUGCAAAGGUUGAGAAAUGCUAUACUGGGCGAAGGUGCAAAAUGACGUCUGAUUUUGCACGAGGCUAGUCCUCAAGAAGAAGAACAACAAAAUGUCUAGGAAGCUGGCUUGGCCUCCCAAACUCCUACAUUGGGCUGUGAGUGCAAUCCCACAAAUGCGGCGGCUUAUGGGCAUGGCGGCUGUUGUACGACGGCCCUGGUGUGUGGGUCUCCUUGCAAAAUUUAAUUGCCACGGCAUCUGCGAAUGUGGUUUGUUGGUUUUAAUUUCUAAUCCUGGAAUUCCACUUUCCCGUUCUUUUCUCCUGUCCUAGGAUCGACACAAACGUCUCUUGUUUGUUAGUGUACAGCUGUUUUAAUCUGUUGUGAUAGUGGCACCUUGCACUAAGAUAAUAUAAGUGAAAUCCCAGUUUCCAAAAUAACCACGGGGGGGGAAAUUGCUGACCGAACUAAUGAUGAUCUCUUUCUAGCCAACAUUAAUUAACGGUUGGAGAUGUUUGCAACAUCGGUUGUUGUCUAUAUCUUUGGCAAAACAAAAAACAAAACACCACAUAUUUUAAACAAAAAAGCAAUGGAGGAUUUAUUUCUUUAACUUUCUUUGUGUUUUAUUUUCAAGGUAAUAUUAAAAUUUCUUCCCUUUAUACAGUUUUAAAGAUGCACCUUUGAGGAAUGUGUAUGUAUGUAUGAAUGGCACUCAUAACUUUAAAACUCCUCCGCUUUUUAACUUUCUUGAUUUUAUUUUAUUUUAUUUUGUUGGUCUUGGUUUUUAUUUGCAGAAUUAUUUAAUUGCCUGUAUCAGAUUUACUGUGAAAGAAGAGAAAUAAAACUUUAAAAAAAAAUUA